UGGGGAACUCCUAGGGGCUGUUGCGGGUGUGUGUGGUGACAGACAGGAGCCUCCAUCAUGGCCUGGGGUUGUUUUGUGGUCCUACUUCUGCUGGUGGCAGCUCCCCUGAGAUUGGGUCAGCGUCUGCCUCUCAAGCCUGGCUUUGAAUACAGCUAUGACUGUGGGGUACGGGGCAUGCAGCUGCUGGUGUUCCCCAGGCCAAACCAGACUAUCCAAUUCAAGGUGCUGGAUGAAUUUGGGAACCGGUUUGAGGUGAAUAACUGCUCUAUCUGCUACCACUGGGUGACCAGUGAGGCCCAGGAGCCUGCAGUAUUCUCAGCUGAUUACAAAGGCUGCCACGUGCUGGAGAAGGAUGGGCAGUUCCACCUGAGGGUGUUCAUACAAGCCGUCCUACCCAAUGGCCGUGUGGAUACAGCACAAGAUGUCACUCUGAUCUGUCCCAAACCAGACCGCAUCGUGACUCGGGACCCCUACCUGGCUCCACCCACCACACCUGAGCCUUUUACACCUCAUACUUUUGCCCUUCACCCCAUCACUAACCACACCUUGGCUGGGUCUGGCUACUCUGGUCUCACUACGUUGUACCCAGAGCAUAGCAGCUUCACCCAUCCGACUCCUGCCACACCAUCCCCAGGACCUGGACUUGCUGGACCCACUGUGCCUCAUCCCCAGUGGGGCACGCUGGAGCCCUGGGAACUAACUGAGAUGGAUUCUGUAGGUACCCAUCUGCCCCAAGAGCGAUGUCGGGUAGCCUCUGGGCACAUCCCAUGCAUGGUAAAAGGUAGUUCCAAGGAAGCCUGCCAGCAGGCUGGCUGCUGCUAUGACAAUACCAAAGAAGAGCCCUGUUACUAUGGCAACACAGUCACUCUCCAGUGUUUCAAAAGUGGCUACUUUACCUUGGUCAUGUCGCAAGAAAUGGCCUUGACACAUGGGGUCAUGCUGGACAAUGUCCACCUGGCCUAUGCCCCCAACGGAUGCCCCCCUACCCAGAAGACAAGUGCUUUCGUGGUCUUCCAUGUCCCUCUCACCCUCUGUGGAACGGCAAUCCAGGUGGUCGGUGAGCAGCUCAUCUAUGAGAACCAGAUCGUGUCUGACAUGGAUGUCCAAGAGGGGCUGCAGGGUUCCAUCACUCGGGACAGUGUCCUCCGGCUUCAUGUUCGCUGUAUCUUCAAUGCUAGCGAUUUCCUGCCCAUCCAGGCAUCUAUCUUCUCACCCCAACCACCUUCCCCUGUGAUUCAGUCUGGACCCCUGAGGCUGGAGCUGAGGAUUGCCACGGAUAAGACUUUCAGCUCCUACUAUCAGGGGAGUGACUAUCCCCUUGUGAGACUGCUCCAGGAACCAGUCUAUGUAGAGGUCCGACUCCUGCAGAGAACUGAUCCCAGUCUGGUUCUGGUGCUACACCAGUGCUGGGCCACGCCUACCACCAACCCCUUUGAGCAGCCCCAGUGGCCCAUUCUGUCAGAUGGGUGUCCUUUCAAGGGUGACAACUACAGAACACAACUGGUGGCCGCAGACAAGGAGGCACUGUCCUUCUGGUCCCACUAUCGGCGCUUCACCAUCGCCACCUUCACUCUCCUUGACUCCAGCUCCCAAAAUGCCCUUAGGGGACAGGUCUAUUUCUUCUGUAGUGCCUCUGCCUGCCACCCUGUGGGGUCCAAGACAUGCUCUACUACAUGUGACUCUGGGAUAGCAAGGCGUCGACGGUCCUCUGGUCACCACAACAGCACUAUCCAGGCCCUGAACAUUGUGAGUUCUCCAGGAGCAGUGGGCUUUGAGGAUGCUGCUAAACUGGAGCCCUCAGGUUCCAGCAGGAACUCCAGUUCAAGAAUGCUCCUCCUGCUGCUGGCCAUCACACUAGCCCUGGGGGCUGGAAUCUUUGUGGGUCUGAUCUGGGCCUGGGCCCAGAAGCUCUGGGAGAGCAUCAGACAUUAAACAGACUCAAUAAACCAUUGUUUGAAAACUACUGAAA